AGUGUUCUAAAAAAAAUAAAAAUACUUUUAAGUAGUUAUUUUUAAGUGAAAAAAAAAUAAAAAAUCAAAAGUCCUGUGUAAGAGUUACUCCACUUUUUGGGUGCAUUUGGAACGAUGGCGAUUAUCCGUAAAUGGCCAUCGUUUGAUGUGGUAUGUAUGGUGCAAUUAAAGAACAGGCAAUUGAAAAGGUAGUGUGAUAAAAUUGGGAAAAGAGAGGGUCCACUCCACUCCCGUCCCCAAAAAAGAUUUUGAAUAGUAAAUAAAAGUUUAGGCGGGAAGAAGUGAAAGGAGUAGAAAGGUGCACGUGUAAUGAGAUUUGGGGGUGGAAGGAAGAGAGGAGGGAUGUGAAAUGGAGACGAAGAGGAGUGAUGUUGAGGAGUGGAAGAAGAAGAAGAAGAAGAGAAAGAGAGUGACGAUGAAGCAGAAGAAUCUAUUCGAGUUGUGGGGCCUCAAAGAUCCUCAUCCCAAACCCCCUGACCCUGAUGAUGUGCAACAGUCGAGAGCUGCUGCUGCUUCUCCCCUUAAUUGCCCCUUCUAUAAGAAGAUCCCAGCAGGAACCCCCUUCACUGUCGACGCCUUCCGCUAUGCUCCCGUCAAAGCCUGCUCUGCCUACUUCCUCACCCACUUCCACGCCGAUCAUUAUAUUGGCUUGACCAAAUCAUGGUCACAUGCCCCGAUCUACUGUACCAACCUCACUGCACGCUUACUUAACAUCUCUCUUUAUGUUGCUCCAUCUUUCAUCUGUCCUCUCGAAUUAGGUACUGAAUACAACAUUAAAGGAAUCAAAGUUACCAUGCUUGAUGCUAAUCACUGCCCUGGUGCUGCUCUCAUUCACUUCCGCCUCCCAAAUGGACAAUCUUACUUGCACACCGGAGACUUUAGGGCUUCCAAGCUCAUGCAAUCCUAUCCCCUUCUUGCAACCCAACGUAUUAAUCUACUUUACCUUGACACAACCUAUUGCAAUCCAAAGUACAGGUUUCCUUCAAAAGAAGAUGUUCUGGAAUUUGUUGUAGGCGUCACAAGAAGAUAUUUGAAUAAUCAUCCAAAGACCAUCGUGGUUGUUGGUGCAUACACCAUUGGAAAAGAACAAGUGUAUCUUGCCAUUUCCCAGGCACUAGGGGUAAAAAUAUAUGCAAAUGCCUCCAGGAGGCGCAUUCUUCGAUCUUUUGGCUGGGCUGGAAUUUCUGAAAAUCUGUCAACAAAUGGGAAGGAUACACCUUUGCACAUAUUGCCUAUAUCAUCCUUGAGAUUUGAGGUGCUGCAGCGUUAUUUGGAAUCACAAUACGGACAGUACACUAGCAUGUUGGCAUUCCGACCAACAGGUUGGACUUACUCAGAGACCAUAGGGGAGAAUCUAAACUUAAUAAAACCCACUUCUAAGGGCAACAUCACUAUUUAUGGUGUUCCAUACAGUGAGCAUUCUAAUUUCACAGAGCUGCAGGAAUUUGUGCAGUUUCUGAGGCCAGAAAAGAUAAUUCCUACCGUCAAUGUUGGAAAUCCUGUUAAUCGUGGCAAGAUGCAAUCAUACUUCCAGCAGUGGCUGAAAGCCUGAAAGAGGAGCUGUUCUUCUGGAGUUGUGUAGAAUGGUUAUUCUAUUCUUUCUAAUUCUUCUGCAGAUUUGGACGUGGAUUAGAUAGGUGAUUGAAAUGGGAAUGAUGGUUAAUGAUGGUUAUACUGUUUGACAAGAGUGUUUUUAAUCUCACCUGGCGAGGCAAAAGAUCUAUCAGCCUCCAUUCUUGCUGGACUGCACGCUAUGCAAGGUAGUUUUAAAUCCUAGGAAUUUGUCUUAGUAAUCAAUUUUCUUUUGCAACUCAGAAACCCAACCGAUGUCCUAGUAAAGGCAAAAAGGCCUUUUGAACUACUUUUAAUGAACUGAUUAUUUUCAACUAUUGUAUAAACAUUGGUUAUAUUCUAAUGAGUUUGUCUUAAAGACAGUUAA